AUGAAAUUGUAUUCCAACAUAAUUUUAUUGGUAAAAAGACAAUUCAGUUCUAUGGCUGAAAAAUAUAGAAUUAUUAAAAAAAAAGAAUUGAACAAAGAAUCAUUAAAUGAUUUGACUCGUGAGGUAGAAAAUGAAAAGGAAAAAAAAAAAAAAAGGAAAUUUAAUUUUUCUGAAAUAUCAAAAAGGCAUAUUUUUUUAAAAUUCUGUUACUUUGGUUGGGAUACUUCUGGAUUUGUCAUUCAAGAAAAUACAUCCAACACCAUUGAACAAUUCAUGUUUGAUGCUUUAAAAAAAUGUUGUCUUAUUGAAAAUAUUGAAACUAGUAAUUAUCAAAAAUGUGGAAGAACUGACAAAGGUGUGAGUGCAUUUUCCCAGGUUAUCUCUUUAGAUGUAAGAAGUAAAUUAGAAAAUCCAAAUCAUGAAAAUGCAGAACAAGAAAUUGAAUAUUGUUCUAUGUUAAAUAGGUUAUUACCACCAUUUAUAAAAUGUUAUUCAUGGGCACAUGUCGGAUCUGAUGUCGGUUCCAGGCAUGAUUGUUCGGAAAGAACAUAUAAAUAUUAUUUUCCCAAAGGAAAUCUCGAUAUUAAUCUAAUGCGAGAAGCUGCCAAAUCGCUAUUAGGUUCACACGAUUUUAGAAAUUUAUGUAAAAUGGAUGUAGCUAAUGGUAUAACAAAUUUUAAUAGAAAUAUUAUUUAUGCAGACAUAAAACCAUGUUCAUUUUUACUAGAAAAACAAUCAGGUUAUCAAUUUUACAUAUUUGAAAUUAAAUCAAAAUGUUUCUUAUAUCAUCAAAUACGAAGUAUAAUGAGUGUUUUAUUAUUGGUCGGACAGAAAAAAGAAUCACCCGACAUUAUAAAUGAUUUACUCGACAUAAAUAAAAAUCCUGCUAAACCUCAAUACGAUUUGGCUUUACCCAUGCCAUUGAAUUUAUUCGAAGCACAAUUUACUUCAAUUUCAUUAAAAUGGAAUGUAAAUGAAAACAACAUAACCAAAAUAAUAAAAAACUUUCAAGAAUUAUGGAAUGAUUUCAGUGUAAAAAGCAUCAUGAUAAGAGAUGUGAUUAACGAUUUGAACAAAUUGAAAGGAAAUUAUGGUGAAAUUGAUGAAAUCCAAUCUUCCCAGGGCGAUUAUUUUUUUUAUGGAUCAGUUAAAAAAAAUUACAAACCGUUAUUGACGCGUGAAAGAUGCCGUUCGUUGGAAGAAAAAAUUGGUAGCCUUGUUAAGAAAAGAAAAUUAGAAAAAGUGGAAGAAGAAGAAGAAGAAGAAAAAAAAUUUGUUGAUUCAAAUUUAUGA